CAUUUUCCUUGUUUGUUUACAACCACUCAGUCAUACAACUACAAGUUACGUCUUGACAUUGGGAACGCGUAACGUUCUGUCCGUUUAACCUUUUCAAAAAAGAACUUUAUAGAUGACAGUGUUCUAUCUACGGUCCAGACGAUAUGCUUCCCCGGGCGGGCAAAGAGUUUGUGGUCCGCAUACGCUUCUCAUGGCGGAAGUUGUUCCAGGGCCGUUACCUGCUGCUCACCAACACGGUGAGCGGAGGAGCCAUGCUGGGGCUGGGUGACUUUCUGCAGCAGAGCCGGGAAACGCACAAGGACCCGAGCAAAAUCCGAGACUGGAACAGGACGGGUCGUAUGUUUGUGGUAGGCUGCUCCAUGGGUCCAGUGCUGCACUUUUGGUACACAUGGUUGGACAGAAAAUUUGUGGGCUAUGCUGUGAACACAGUGCUCAAGAAGGUUCUGGUGGAUCAGAUGGUAGCAUCACCCACACUUGGGAUGUGGUACUUUUUAGGUAUGGGGGUCAUGGAGGGACACUCUUUAUCACACGGAUGGGAGGAAUUUAAAGAUAAAUUCUGGGAAUUUUAUAAAGCCGACUGGUGCGUUUGGCCCGCCGCUCAGAUGAUCAACUUUUAUUUCCUUUCGCCCAAAUUCCGUGUCGUCUACGUCAACACCGUCACCUUAGGGUGGGACACCUACCUCUCUUAUCUAAAACACAGAGAUGACAGCCAGCCCUCGGAGUUACUAUCAGACGGCAAUGUGGCAGACGUGCAGGAGAAAGCUCUGCCACCGGCCAAACCGCUGGAGGAGAAAAGUGGAUGGUGAAAUCUAAAAUGGCUGCAGGAGGAUGUUAAAAGUUGCUGGGAAACAUUUUUUAUUUUAGCGGUACUGCAUUCAUGAUGGACUUCCUGCGAUUUAAAAAAAAAAGAGAUGCUGAGAAGCUCUUUUUAGCAUGUAACUAGGAUUGGUAGAACAGUCGUAUGUUAUCCAUUCCUCCGUCUGUCCACCCAUUUUCUCUAUUUUUGCAACUGACUCGAUUUUAUUUAUUAUUUGAACACAGUUUUCUUUGGUGCAUUGCAUUGUAUCCACGUAAUUCCUGCCUGAAAAGAGUGCCUAAUUUUCAUAGAAUCUCGUGUAUUGUUGAUGUUUAAGAUGUAAGUUAAAAAUAUGCAUAAGUGCGAUUUUUAAAAUGUCAUUUAAGAUAUCACACGGGCUGUUAGAUCGCUAGAUAUAAUAGUUUGCUCAUUAGUACAAUAAGAAAACUGUUGGCUUCAUAAAGACUGCAAAAUGAAAAAAGAAUCAAAACCAUAUCAAACAUAUUUUUGUUGACCAUAAUCAUUUUAUUUGUAUGUUAUUGACUUACGACCAUUCAGCUGGUUUACAUAUUUAUAUUUGGUACUUGACAUAUUUGAAAUUUAUUGAUGUUACAUAAAAUAAAAUCGAUCAGAGAGCUCCUGGCACGGGAUUCACUGAUUGACUCUGAAUUUCAAGUCAUGUUUAUUAUACCUGUGACAAUGAUUAUGUAAUAAAAAAUACAAACUACUAUUCAAACAUUGUCCAGCAAGCUUUAAGCACUGACCAAACAGACGUGCAACGCAUCCUGCUCUUAAGGAUGUGUGUGUGCUGGCAGCUUUUUCCAACCAACAGAGAGCAGUGAUGCAUCUGACUGUGCUCAUCUCCCUCUUGACUGUGACCAUCAGUCCGAGCACCAGUAGCUCUUCAACAACUAAUCAGACUCCAUUGACAACGAUCACGACUUUAACCAAAACAAACAAUGGCCAUUGGAGCAACCACAGCACGCAGCAGCAGCAAACGGUCACUCCUACUUGGACAUCACGAGCUUCGCAAACAUCCACCAGGAUCCAGGAGGAGCAUGACACUACCGUUACCGGGCAGACUUCCAAAACUUUCCUAUCGACAAUUUUAGCAACCUCAACUAUUAUCAAACCUCCCCAAAAAUCAACCAUCCAAGGUCAGUCUGUUACCUAUAGACACUAUAGCGAAUGGUCCAAAGUCUAAAUUUGUUACAGCUCCUGCUGAAGAGUUUGGAGAGGACGAUUUGAGGGCCAACCCUGGCCUUGUGGCCAUCCUCACCAUCUUCUGCAUCAUCCUUGUACUUGUGCUCAUUGUGGCCACCGUCAGAUGUAUCCAGUCACCGAGCUCUGACUUUGAAAGGCUUGAAGAUGUGCCCAUGGAAAGAAUAAACGAAGGAUCUCCAUUUGCUCGCUACUCUAAAUAAAAUAACUUCAAGAGAGCCAUGUGGUCAACGCGGCAGUCUCCACGUACAAAACUUCACAUGAAUAAUUCAGCUUCUGCGUCUCCUUUUUAUUAUGAUUUUUUUUUUGUGGUUUUCAGCUUUUGUUGCACUUGGUACAAGGUCAUGUGAUGCCACUUUAACAUUAUCGUCUCCUCUCACACACGUCAAGUUUCCUGUAAAUGAGUCAGCAGCAUACGACACGCUUGGAUGGGAAAGGUUAGGGCCGCUGCGACGUGACCCACAUGAUUUUUUUUGCUCCCAAAGACUUUCCUUAUCAGAUGUAACCUUGAAGAAAUGCAUGACACAUGAGCCGCUUGUCAGACCAAUAUCUAGCUCAGUCCAUGAAAUAAAGAUUGUUUAUUUUUCACA